CCGUCUUGUAUGGUAUCUUUCCACACCUUUUUUUUUUUUGAGUACCAGCCUUUUUUUUCAAGAUGAGAUGAUGAUGGGAUGGGAUGGUGGAUGGCCGGAAAACUUUGGGGUCGAGGACACACCACACAACUCUCUUACUUACUAGUUCUUCUCUCUCUCUGUCUCUCCGUGCCGCCGGGCCCAGCUUGCUCAAUCUCGGUUCUUCACUCUCUAUCACAAAACCAACCUCCACCAUUCCUUUCCCCCCCCAAUCCCCUCCCCCUUCCCUCUUUCUUUCUCUCUCUCUUUCUCCAAUUUCCCAACCCGUUUGGAGGAAAUUGACAAUGGGAUGAGUAAGAGUAUCACACCUCACCCUCAAUUCUCACCCAUGUCCACAAGAUUACAUCUAAACCCCGAAAAUCAAAAAGAAAUAUAAUAAAAAAUAUUAUCAUUUCUUAUCUAAGAUA